UGAUGAUACCGUCACCCCCCCAAACACACUCUCCCCUUCAAAUAUAAAUACGACAACCUCAAAAACCGUUUCAUUUUCUCGCUUCAAAAUAUCGUAACCCCCACACACCUCUUUGUUUCUUCUCUUCCUCUGCAUUUUCCAGCAUUUUCACCUCACACUUGUACUUGAAUAAUUUUCUCUUCGUGUCACUCUCAUUGGCGCGUAACUCGACAACUGAGUCUCAGAUCCCAAGCCAAAUUUUUGCCAUGCGAAAAACGACAACAACCAUCGAUGCUGUCGAGGGAAGGAAAACUAGUAUAAAAGAGAAGAGAGGACCCAAAACCUGAAAGCGCAGAACAAGAGUAGUGGAAGAUUCUUAAUGCGUGUUUGUGUGUGUAUCUGUGCAGAGAGACAAAGCACAAGAAGAAGCAGUUCAGGUUUCCUUGGAAGGAAAGUGAGAAGUGGUGAAAAUGUUUACAUGCAUAGCGUGCACGAAGCAAGCGGCGAAGGAGAAGGAAGAAGAGGGUGAGAGUGGCACGCCGAGUACAAAUAAAGAAGCCGUCAAAAGCCUGAGUGCUCAGUUAAAGGAUAUGGCACUGAAGUUUUCAGGUGCCUACAAGCAGUGCAAACCUUGCACAGGGUCUAGUACCUACAAGAAAGGACAGAGGCCAUAUCCUGACUUUGACACCAUUUCAGAAGGGGUUCCAUACCCUUAUAUUGGAGGUGCAAGCUCAACUUCAACCCCUGCUUGGGACUUCACAAGCUCCAAUUUCCUUGGUGCUAGAUCAGACCAAAGAUUUAUGGGGGGAUUCAGUGGUGAUAGGACCCCUAGAGGGCCUCAAUCAGCACCAGCCUGUGAUGUAGUUGUUGAGGAUGAGGAUGAAACCAAGGAGUGGAUGGCACAGGUGGAACCAGGGGUUCACAUUACCUUUGUGUCUCUUCCUAAUGGAGGAAAUGAUCUCAAAAGAAUUCGCUUUAGCCGAGAGAUUUUUGACAAGUGGCAAGCUCAAAAAUGGUGGGGUGAGAAUUAUGACAGAAUCAUGGAACUUUACAACGUGCAGAGAUUCAAUCGACAAGCUCUUAAUACUCCUUCAAGAUCUGAGGAUGAGCAAAGAGAUUCUUCUUACUCAAGAAUGACAUCUGGACAUGAUAGCCCCAUGCACUCAAUGUCUUUAAAGGACUGGACACCCAGGAAUCACUAUAAACCCUCAGGGAAUAACCCUUCUGAAGCUAUGGAUCAAGGUGGUGGUGGCCAAAAUUUCCAUGCAGCUUCAUCCGUGGAAGCAUCAAGGACAACCACCUCUUCUAGAGACGAGCGUUCAAUGAGCAAUGCCAGUGAUUUGGAGACAGAAUGGAUAGAGCAAGAUGAACCUGGAGUCUACAUUACAAUCAGGCAAUUAGCUGACGGAACAAAGGAGCUUCGCCGUGUCAGAUUCAGCCGGGAGAGAUUUGGGGAGGGACAUGCAAAGAAAUGGUGGGAAGACAACAGAGAAAGAAUACAAGCUCAAUAUCUUUGAAGUGUUGUGGCAUUGAAGAGAAAUGGAUGUCCCAAGCUGGUCGAAUCCUCAAUUUUGUUUUCUAGAGAUUGUAGUGUUGUUGACUCCAGUUUAUGGAGUGGAGUUGUAUACAGAAAACUAGCCUUUUCUCCAAUACCAUUGGUGAUGGUCUCAUGGCAUUAAUUAAAUUGUUGAUACCCUCACAAACAAUGCAAGCCCAGAAUUUGGCAUUGUGGUGACUCUAUUUAAGGGUCAGUAGCCAUGGUAUUGGGAGGUAUAAUCUUGCAUAUUAUAUAUAGAUGUAUUUAUUCACCCACCCCAUUCUCUUUAUUA